GUAAAUGGGUAAAUAGAACAGAAAUAACCGAAACCGAAAAGAAGUAGAAAUUGCAGAGAAGGAAGCCAUCGACGACCAGAAGAAAAUCGCCAUUGAGAAGCUUCCCAGAAGGUCCCAUCCAGCUCCACAAAUUCCAAAUUUUUGCAUACCUGGAUUGCCAUAGUAUCAUUCAUUUGUUCAUAUUUUCCCUUUGGCUGUUUCCUCCCUCAUUUUUCCUAUUAAAUUUUCAAUUCGGUUCUUUCAGUCAAUCACUUCCGGGACCUCCCCAUUUAGGUAAGAACCCUACUCAUAUAUUCUUCGUCAUUGAAAAUUAACUGUUUCUUCCCUUCUGGGGUUUCGUUUUUCUUUUUUAUUGAAUGAAACCCUAGUAGAAUUCAUCUUACUUCCUGGGUUUUCUUGCUUUUUCCUUCCCUAAUUCUUAUGUAAAUGUGCUAAAGAUCGAAGAGCUGUUUAUAUGGUGAUGGGGCAAACAAAAAUUCGAGGUUUUUUAAAUGGGUUUUGUGCCCUUGUCUUGGUUUUCUUCUUUUACAAUCGGGAAUAUGUUAUCAGGAAUCCUAUUCUUAGAAAUUCUUCUUCUUUAUUGGCUUAUAGUAAAUGGGACUAUAGAGGUGGGAUUAAUGCAUAUUCGGGGAAAAAUCGUCGGAAAAUGGGGGAAAUAGUAAAUAUUGGUUCUUCCUUAAGUGCCCAUGUGAACGGUUCAGAUGAUGAUCAUGGCAAUAAUAUUAGUGUAUCUGUGCAGCACCCUGAACUUUGCUCUGGUUUAUUUGAGCACCACGGUUUUAAUACUAGUUGUGAGUUCUUGAGGGCUCAUCCUGAAUGCUCAUCGGGCGGCUUCUUUGAUUACAUUAAGUUUUACUACUGUACUUGCCAUGGAAGUUCGUUGGCUUUUCUAGUUUUGGGGGUUUGGCUUGUUGCAUUGUUUUAUCUUCUGGGUAACACGGCCGCGGAUUACUUUUGUUGUUCUUUAGAGAAGCUUUCAAGCCUACUAAAGCUUUCCCCUUCAGUUGCUGGGGUUGCUCUGCUCCCGCUUGGAAAUGGUGCUCCAGAUGUGUUUGCAAGUAUUGCGGCGUUUGUGGGGACUGGAGCUGGAGAAGUUGGGUUGAAUAGUGUGCUAGGUGGUGCCGUCUUUGUCACAUGUGUAGUAGCUGGUGCAGUGUCACUGUGUGUUGCUGAUCAGUCAUUUCAAGUUGAUCGAAACUGUUUCAUUCGGGAUGUUUUGUUUUUCUUUAUGGCUUUAGUAUCUCUGUUUGUGAUCUUGAUGGUCGGCAAAGUUAGUGUUGGAGGCGCCAUUGCUUUUCUGAUGAUAUAUGUGGUUUAUGCCUUUGUUGUUGCUGCUAAUGAAAUCUUAAGAAAGCAGGUACAGCGGUUAAAGUUGGAUUCUGUGACACCGCUGCUUCCUGUAAGAGGAAGUAUAUAUUCUCAAGGAAGUCAUGAUGAGGAAUCAUUUUACAAUCCAUUGCUCGACUUUGAGACUGGAAGUGACGGAGUUCAGUCUCAUAACUCAUUACCGCAGUGGAUGUGGGCUUCAAAUGUGGCUAUAUAUUCUAACCAGACACUCAAGGUGCUUGAUGGUGACCGGCCAUUGUGGGGUUGGAAUGAUGAGGCCAUACAAGUUGAUUACUCAUCAUUUUCUUACUCGAAAUUAUGCUCACUUCUGGAAUAUCCUUUGACUUUGCCUAGACGAUUAACAAUUCCUCAGGUUGAGGAGGGAAUUUGGUCAAGGCCCUAUGCCAUUGCCAGUGCUUCCUUGGCUCCGAUUCUCCUGGCAUUUCUAUGGAACGAUGUUGAUGAUUUGAGUCGUCAAAGCAAGGUAAUUACAUACCUUUUGGGUGUUUCAGUUGGCUCCGUACUAGGUUUUCUUGCUUACAAGUAUACAAAUUCAGAUCAUCCACCUCGCAAGUUCUUGCUACCGUGGGUCUUAGGUGGAUUUUUAAUGAGUAUAGUUUGGUUUUACAUGAUUGCAAAUGAGCUUGUUGCUCUUUUGGUGGGAUUUGGUGUUGUCUUAGGCGUGAACCCUUCAAUACUCGGGCUAACUGUAUUGGCAUGGGGUAAUUCAAUGGGUGAUUUGGUGUCAAAUGUCGCGUUGGCCAUUAAUGGAGGGGAUGGUGUGCAGAUUGCCAUGUCUGGAUGUUAUGCUGGCCCUAUGUUUAACACAUUAAUUGGCCUAGGGUUCUCAAUGUUGCUAGGAGCAUGGUCAGAAAAACCGGGUGUGUUCACCCUUCCGCAGGACGCGAGUUUGUAUUACACAAUGGCAUUCCUUAUGUCUGGGCUCAUAUGGGCACUCAUUGUGCUGCCCAAAAAUGACAUGCGCCCUGGUAGGACACUCGGGACCGGCCUGAUUGCCAUAUAUUCGAUAUUUCUACUGUUAAGGAUUUCAAGUGCGACGGGGAUCGUUUCCUUGGCAGGAUUGAGAUGAUUUGCUGGUGUUGUCUGGCUACAGUUGCACGUUGACAUGUAAAAUGGUGAAUAUCAUGUGGAGGUAAUAUAACAAUAGUCAGCUGAGCUUUUGGCCUUGUAGAUCAAUGUUUGUAUUUUAGCCUCUGUAGGAUUGCUGAUUCUGGAUUUGUUUAGUGGUAGUUUUGGUCCAUGAAAAUCGUAUGGAUGUCCGUGUUGCCACUAGUGUAUACAUCUUGUGAUAUGUUUUUGGGUCUGAAUAAUUGUUAUCACUAAGCAAAUUCUCAUUGGUGAAUUGAUGAAAGAUCUGUGAUUCAGCAUCAGUAGUACUGCUGGAAAACUCUCUUGGCUGGGAAAUUUGGUGAAGAGAGAGAGAGAGAGAUCAUCUUUGCAAAUUUUCGGCUUUAAGAAAGUUCUAAUGGAGAGAAGCUAAGUUGGACACACUGUCAUUACAAUGCAAAGCUGGAAAGAACAAAAAGAAGAGGGGAAUUGGGAACCACUAAUAAUAAAUGUAAGAAUUGUACUCCUAUAAAUAAAACAUGAAAUGUUGAGAACAGAUUAUUAUAUACAUGAAGAUGAGAUGAACUGUACAUGUAAAGUGAGCUACAUUCAUGAUUUUGCGGGAUUAAAAAAAUAUCUCUUCAACAGGAAUCACUUUCUUAAACUGAAAGAUACUCAAGAGUUGUCAAUUACUCUUCUUCACCUGCUCAGAGCCCAUCUUUCAAUUUAAUUUUUGAAAACAAUGGGUUAUUUUUCCUGAUUUAUUUAUUUAUUUUCAUAUUACAGGGUGUUUACCGUCGCCAUGAAUUGUUCUAUACCCAUAGCGAGGGAUAAAUCCUCGACCUAUGGUUAAGGGUGGAUGAGUUUUUAUCACUCCACCACAAUCCUUUUUAAUUAUUUUUUCCUUUUUCUGGAUCCUUUAUUGGAGCAGAUAACGUUAAAGAGGAAGAUAUGGAGAAGGGGCAGAAACAAUACAAGGCCAUUCUCGGUUCCCUCUGUUCACAUCGUUCUUUCCUCUAAUGUCUUCUUCUGAACUAAGCCCACUUCAUUGUUGCACUCUUCUUAAAAGUACCAACAGUUGCCUGUUUUUAGCGACCGCAUUAUCUUUGCACAAAUGACAACAGUAGUAUGCACAACAAGGGGUCACUGUGGCAAACAUAGGCACGGACUCCCUCUGCCUAAUCCAACUCCUACGCAAUCCAGAAAGAGCUCCUAUAGAAGUUCAAGACACUGUUGCUGACAUCCUUUACUAUAAAUCCAUAUAUAGGGAUUAUAGCAUAUGUAAAGUUAGCCGAGAAAAUUUGCUUCUUGUUCAUAAUAAGGCAACAGAAUGUAAUAGGAACCCUGUUUCUUCUUCUUCUUAAUAAUAAAAUUCUUUUAUUUGUUUGUAAAAA